GAAAUGUAGUGUGAGAACAUGGUAAAAGAGACGAAUCUACUAACUAGCUUUCAAGUUGGUUCAGAUACUGAAAUUGUCAAACUCUCAGCUGGGCAGGGAUAAAGUGAAAAGACGGGUUGAGUGUACUCUCACCAAGUGUGUUGAUAAUCUGGCACUGGAGCAGGGUUGCACCACAGAUUGUUUUGAACAAACUACAGAGAAGCUGCACUGGUGGAAAUAUCUCAGGAGCCAGACUGACUGUCAGGGUGCAGAGGGCAGAUGCUGCUGGUGCUGCUGAUGUCCCUGCUCUGCUGUGUCCCUGCAGCAAAGGCCUGUCUGCAUUGCGACCGAAGCAUCAGGCUCCUACAUGAGGACUUUGUCUUGUCUGCUCCUUCGGUGAACGACCAGAUUGAAAUACAAAAGAUUUGUGACUAUGCAUAUGUGACCUACAGAGAGACCAGCCAGGAGCGAAAGGGAGUUAUUGAUCCCACCACUCUGUACAGAGUCAGAACUGAGUACCAGAGUGAAUUUCACCGCUUCUUGAAAACCCAGCACACUGGAUCUGUACAAUUUGAAGCCAUUCAGAUAAUGGAGAAGGGCAGGAAGAUCUUAGAAAAACACUUGGACAUAUUCAUCCAGGAUGGAUUGUGCCCCAACAAGUGUGGGCUUUUGAAACGAAGAGUAAUGGAUUGCUUCUCUUGCCGCUACCAGAUAUACGUCUGUCCCUCUCCCUCAGGCCAGCAGAACUGUGGCGACUACCCAGUGCAGGCUGAGGAGGGGGGGCAGGCAGUGUUGAACUGUUUCCUUCCAUGGCAUCGCAUUCUGUUAGAAAAAACAGAGUAUCACUACUCCUGGGCCCCCGGUGUGCCAGGAACUAAAAAACUGAACGAGAGUGACUUCAAAGCAUUGGUAGUGACAGACGACUCAUCUGUGGUCUUAAAUCAGCUGCAUGUGGCUGAACAGGGAACAUAUCGCUGCUCUCUGCAGGGCCGUAAUGGAACUAUUUUCUACCGAGUCACUUUCCUCCUCACUGUCGCCCCUGUGCCUGAACCAGCUCUCCGACCCGUGGUCACGCUGCCCUCGCUGCCUCACGGAGACAACUACUCAACUUUCCAUCCUGAAGACCUGCUGGUGCCACUCAUCGCCAUGGUUACUGCUAUGAGUCUGGCAGUGAUCAUAGGCCUCACAGUUGUCCUGGGAAUGAUGAUGAGUCAGAGGAGAGCCACAGAGGAGCCGAGGAGGAGGACGGAGAGGAAGAACACACCAAACACGGUGUAAUAAAGAUACUGUAUACACACAUUACAGGCAGGGAAGUUUUACUCACUUAUAACACAGGUUGGACAUUUCUCUUAAAAGCUAAAUACAUUUCCCGACACAAAGAGCCAAGUAGAAAUUCCACAGAAGUGAGAAACAUGUUGAUAUGUUGUUUGUCUUAAGCAAUGAAAAAAAACUCAAGCACUCAAUCAUUAUGAAUCAGACACUGAUCUCCCUCGUAAAACAGAAAGUGCGUGUUGUAAUAAAACUAGAGACACACACCCACUAAAAAUCCCCCAGAAAUGUCUCAACUUUCCGUAACAUUUAGAUUACGCUUGCCAGAACACAUCAAUGAUCUGACCCAAGCGGGGUCACGUUCCCCCAAUAUGGAGUUAUGGCGUUGUCACGUGGGCGUUUAUGAGAGGAAUCAGGGACGAGGUAAAUCUCUCGGCUUAGUGUUUUUUUCGGAGAUUAAUAGCUCCAGCCAUCCAAUUCAUCCUGGAUAAUCCCCAUGUGGGAGGCAGGGAGGAAGGCUAGCUGCAGAUAUUUUACAAGGGUUUCUUUUAAUGUGUAUUUACCUAAGAGAGAAGGGACACAUUUUUGCUUUACCAAUAAUGCUCUUAGUCUGAAGUUACCAUUUUAUUGCAUCACCAGAUGUUUUAUUCUCUGUUUCCGUCUGCCUAUAGUGUGCCCUCUCUACAUUUUGAUGACACACGCUGAUUCAAAAAGUAGUCACCUUUACCUACACAAGUUCUGUCAUGAUCUCCAUUGCCUCCUCGUUAUCACCUCUAUACGUCUUGUCAGGCGUCGUAUCAUCUGCUCACUGAAGCAAUUUAUCUUUCAUGCCUUGAGCUAUUUUCAGCAUCUUCAGCUCGCUGUCAAUAGAAAAGUCAAACUUCCUACAAUAGACAUAAUAACAACAAGUUCACACCCAUCUCUCAGCAUCAUGUCAGGCCAGAUUUAGUUUUGGCUGAUUAUUUGCCUACAAUGACUGACUGAUGUGCUAAUUUAGGAAAGUUAAACAUCCUAACCAAAGAAAACUGAAAGCUAGUGAAUGAUUGAUGUAUGAGUCACUGCAUCCAGAAUUUAAGUAACUUAGUCACCUCUGAAAUCAUUCAUCUUUGCUCAGGUUUUUCAGGGUAAUUUCCAACAAACAUUUUGAGUCAGGGAAGUCUGUUAUUAGCUAUGACAAAUGAAACAAAGUUGGAGGGAUGAGAGUGUGUGUAUGGUGACAGGAUGUGUGUGUGUAGUGCUGUUUCCUGUGGGACUCUUGUGAUGUAGCCGAAUGUUAAAAAAAGAAAUCUUUGUUUAACCAUCCUCAAACAGAGACAGUCAUGUCACACUCUUCCUACUCAACAGACCUCAAUGUGUGUGUUCAAGCCCUAAAGUGCAGGUUGAGGCUACACUAAAUGCAUGCUCAGCGGCUCUGCUGACAGCCAUGAUAAACUGUUAACCCAAGUCAGUGUGUGGAGUGAAAACGCAGCCUCAGCAGGGGGAGAGCAAGACAAAGUGGGAGGGCUGCUGAGGGGCCAGCAAACAGGCUGAGGGAGGGAAAGAAGGAAAUGGAAACAAGAAAGUAGAGUCAGAGGUUUGAGUGGGAGACGUAUGUGGGAAGGCAGGGUAACUUUUACGUGGUUGUGAGGAAAUGAAGACAAAGGCGUCAGAUUACACUUCGAUAUUAACUAUCCCACACUGAAGAAUGUUUUGCUGUGGGUUACUUACAGGACAAUGAGUACACUGUAUCCAGGGGUGGGAGCCACAUUUAGGAAAACUAAAUAUUACUCAUGUAGGAUUGAGACAAGUUAAAUUGAAAGCAAUACUCAAGUUAAAACACAAUAAAAACCAUCUUGAGAUGUAAUUAAAACACCUAUAAUCUAAAGUGUUUCUCUAUAAUUAAAUAAUAAAGAUCUGAGUAUAAGUAAACAUUCUUAAAUCAUCAAUAAGUUUCAUUAAGCAAAUGUACCUGAUCGGCGUGUGGGUAUUGUUUAAGUAGACAACGUUGUCACCCACACCUUUUAUUACAUCCAAAAAAUACUAACCCCUUACGCAACAUCCCUCCCCCUAAAACCAGUGAGCAGAUGACAGACAAAAACACAAAAAUAUAAAUCACUCUGGUUUUUAGGACUUUAGAUAACCAAGAAAGAGUUAAAGGGGCAUCUUAACUAUAACCACCUAAACAUUAAAAAGAAAAUCUACAACCUUUGUAAUCUUUACCAUUAAUGGUCUUUAGAGUUUGAUAAAGACAUAUUUCAAUCAUUUGUUUUAUGCUGUUUCCUUUUUUAGAAAGCUUUCUACCAAAUGUAUGAGACAAAAGUGUCUCACAAUUUAUAUCCUGUUUGCUUAGCUAAAGGCCUAUUCUUCUUCAGCACAUUACUUUAAAUUAUACAGUAUAAUACUGUACUGAAUUGAUACGUCUGGACAUUAUCUAUAUUUUCCUCAUCAAUCCUAUGGAACACAUUCUUGUUCUUUUGUUCCAUGACCUCCAUUGUUGUCCAGAACGAUUAAAAGCAAAUUGAUGAGC